AUGCCAGUCCAGCCCAUUCCUCCACCUACCUCCAGCAACUCCAGCAGAUUUCGUCGCUCGAGUGACUCCCUGGCGAUAUCCAACCGCUUGACCGACAGCCAGAUUUUGUAUCCUGGGUCUACCGAAGACGAUGACGAGAGCGACAAGGACAACAAGAACAACGAAGACGACGAGAUAUACGACUCCAUCUCUGGGAAAGAGACUCAAGAUGCUGCGGAUGAUGAGUGCCUUGCGAGGUUGAAAGGGGAUAGCUCUACUGCCUCUACCAUGGAGACUUUCUCUAAAACCCCCGGGGAAAAUGAGAAUAAAAAGCACAAGACCUUCGAUCGCUGGUUCAUCACGAGACCGGUGCCCAAAAAUCGCCCAAAACCUUUUCCCUCGGCACCUUUUCCAGCUCAGACUUUUCAGGCCACGAACCCCUCAACGCCUUUUCCCAGCCACGGCACUGUUUCGGCCACGUUCAACGCACACGGUGGCUUGUUCGAGAGUGCCUUCCAAGGCGGAUUUUCGGAGCGGGCCGAUGCGAUCAUCUCCAUUGAAGGGCCGGGCAUGGGCGGAGACAGACAAUGGCCGAUCGAAGCAACAUUUGAGCUUGCGAAGGUCACUAACUCCGACAAUAUCGCACAUCUUGACGCACACCCAGAAGAAAGACAGCACACCGGAAUGAUGGACAAUAUCCGCUGGAGAAACGCAAACUUGUUUCUCGCAAGGAAAAAGGGAGAUCCGGACUAUGAUCUGGAUCCUAGGGAAUUUAAUCGGCAGUUUGGGAAGCAAGCCCGGGAAGCAGAGCAAGCUGAAGAGGAGGCAGCAAAGCAAGCUGAGGAGGAGGCAGCAAGGAAGCGAGCUGAAGCGCUGUUAGCUUUCGAGAAGCUUUACGUUCUCCCCAGAGAGAACCUGCAGCCUUCACGUUUUGCCAAAGAGCUAUCGACAACACAUUCACGGCCGGCAAGAACAAACUCAUACUUCUUUGACACCUUUGCUUCAAGCAAAAAGCCCAAAGAGUCUACAACGGAGCGUCCUGUACAAAGCGCCAAAACGUGGCCUGUUAGGAACUCGUUCACUGCGUGGAAGAAAGUGGAAGACUUCAAUUCCAGGGCCAAAGAAUCGCACAUGGAUGCCGAAAGCGAGACAUUCGGGAGCAUGGUCAGAAAACUUACGUUCGGAUCGAGGAAUCUGUAG